AUGAGGCCAUGCCUCCUGGCCUCCCCCUCCGCCCCUUCCCCUCCUCUAUCUCUCUCCUCCAACGCCUCCUUCUCUCUCUUCCCCUUCCCCUUCCCCUUCACCUUCACCUUCCCAUCUGGGUCUAGUCCCCUGACCAGGCGGUUAUUUACGCUUAGGCCCAUCUCCUCCACCAAGGGGACCGAGAAGCAGAGGCCACAGAAGUUCUCCAAGGCUCCGGAGAGCUUCCGGGUUGGGAGCCCGAGCAAGAAGAAAGGGGAAGAUGGGGUCGCCUCGGAGGAGGAGGGCUUCGGAGGGGAUGUUGCUGUCAAGGGCACCGUCCUUGCUGGGCUCUUGCUCGUUGGUGUCGUCGGGGGUUUUAGCACGGUGGGUUACAUUUACAAGGAUCAGAUCAACGAUUUCCUCACCCAGUUUUCUGCGUUCAUUGAAGGUGCGUCUCACAUUAGAGCUUUCUAUAUUUCCAUGAACACUGGUUCCCCUGCCGAAGUGUUAUAGUCGAGAGUGACAAACUGGUUGAACAUUAUGGAUCCAAGCUGGGGAAGUUUGCUGAUCCCCGUCGUCUGUGGGUCUGGGUUGAUUAGGAUCUACGUGAAACUGGUUCUUGUGGAGUCUUCUAUCCCAGAGUUCUUGGACUGUUCCAGAGUUAUGUUUUUCACAGGCGUACCUUCUGAAUUUUUGCCAGCAGGAGAGGCAUAUAAACUGUAAAAUGUUACCAAUACAUAGGUUUUAUCAUCACAACAUUUGGCUGAGAAAUGCCUUUUUCAGGCAGAUGCAUGUCAUUUUAUUAUGGCUUUAAUGAAUGUAUUUCUAAUCAGGUAUCAUUCCCAUUUCUCUUAAUUGCUGUUUAUAUUGUUUGUCAACUCUCUAUUUUAGUAUAUUCGCAUACGUGGCUUGAAUUACUACUGAUAUGUUCUGGGAAAUUAGGUUAUGGACCUGCGGGAUAUGCUUUAUUUGUAGCUGUCUAUGCUGGUCUGGAGGUGAGAUAAGCUUCUCGCACACACUUUUCUGUGUAUUGGAUGCAUUUUCCCUUUUAUUUAUGACAGGUGAGAAUGAUUUCAGCGCAAUUAUUGAUCUUUGCGGAUAAAAUGCCGUUCCUACCUUUUCAAAAUGAUGUACCAAUAUUAAAAGAAAUAAAGUAAAAAAUCAGACCUCCAACUAUGCUUUAAUUGUAUACUGCCCUUUGAAGUAUGAUUGCUGUGGUGAAAAUAAAGGAUCAACUUAUAUGAAGAAGGUUGAGAGAAUAAUUUAGUUUAAAGUGCCUGAAUGAUGGAAAAAAAAUGAACAAUAGUAGAAAUUGCUUGAUAUAGUUCCAUCAAGAUGCGAAAACUUAUACCAGACAUGAUCUUUCGUUUAGCUAUAAUAUGUCAUACACAUCGUGGUGUUUCUCCACCUCCUAAAUUGCUUCGAUCAUAAAAUAUUUUCUUUUUUUUUCAUAUGCUUCCACAUAAUCUUUUAGUUACAUAUCUUCCCAUCCGUUUCUUACUCUGUGAAUCAGUGUCUAGAGGGUUGUAAAAGCUGCCAUGUUUCCGUCCAAUGUGAAUUCAAGUGAAGAACUUUUUGGUUACAUCUCAAGGAACCAUACUUUGAUUAAUACUUUUUUUGGUUCAUUAUGGAUUUGCGUUUCUAGUUGCUCUUUGAAUAAGGUGAAAGGUAAAGCAAAUUCUAUGAAAAAACAUAUUUCCUUUUUCAAGAAUUUAUAAGCUAUCCUGACGAAAAUCAUAGGUUUCAAUGAAAAUCCUAAUCUUAUGUUUCCUUCCUCCUCCCAAAUUACUCCAUGAAACAAAUUUCUGAGAAUCCCCCUGCAGCAUCACAACUCUCUGACUUUUCAAUGGGAAAAAGAAGACCAGAUAUGGUAUCUGGAUUGAAUCCUUUUGUGUUUUCGCUCUCCUAAAGCCCAUGCAGAUUAUAUUAUGUAUUUCUUGCGACUAAUAUCUACUGCUUGUCUUCCAGAUCCUUGCACUGCCUGCUAUUCCUUUAACCAUGUCGGCAGGGCUUCUGUUUGGUAGUUUUACUGGUACAGUCCUUGUCUCAAUCAGUGGAACGGUAAGGGGUUUCCCCAUCCUGGAUCAUAUUAUUGAUAAUUUAUUCCAUAAAUGUGUCACUUGAAGCUCUGGUAAAGUCAACCACCUUCUGCAGUUUGCAGCUGCUGUCGCAUUCCUUAUAGCCAGAUACUUGGCCCGUGACCGAAUUCUUAAAUUGGUUGAGGGAAAUGAAAAAUUUCUGGCUAUUGAUAAAGCUAUUGGGGAAAACGGCUUCAGAGUUGUCACCUUGCUGCGUUUGAGUCCGUUGCUUCCUUUUGCUCUUGGAAACUAUCUAUAUGGGUUGACUUCGGUGGAAUUUUGGCCCUAUGUUUUGGGAAGGUUAGUGUUUUUUUUUCUUUUUGCCAUUUUUGGCGAUAUAAAAUCUGGCCUUUCUCGGCAUAUAGCUGCAUUCAUUGUGAUCUGUCACCUAUUACAAGAUAGCGUCUGAGCAGGACUUGCUUUUAUUGUAUUAUAAAGGAAAUAAUUGAUAAAUGAGAAAGGCAAUCUACUGGCAGGCGUUUCGAUCAGAUCAUAUGUAAAUAAUUAGAUGGCUGCCUAGCUGAGGAAUGCAUGUAGACAUUAGCCUCUUAAAUGCUCUUGAUAUCUGUUGAUAUCUGCCAUGACUUCAAUCUGACUGGGCGAAGCUUGGAGAGGGAAAAAGGGAAAACUCAUUGAAUCCAGUACAAAUGGAAAAUAUGCUGUAAAGCAAGGAGAGUGACCUCCAGGGGGGCCGGAUCAUAAGGCAUCGGGCCUCAUUUAUAUAGUAGAAAGCAUCUCUAUCUAGAUUCAGGAACAUCAGAUUGACAUCAGAUUGGACCUUUUAGUCUGUACAUUGCCAUGGAAGUCACUUGAUAUUGUCUCAGUUUCUUGCCUGUAAACGAGUCCAUAUCCCUCCCUGCAGCUGGUUGGGGAUGCUUCCAGGGACGUGGGCUUAUGUUAGCGCCGGCGCAUUUGGCAGGGCAAUAAUUGUAAGCUCUUUUUCUCUUUUUUUUUCUGAUUACCUAGAAAGAGGAGAAAAUCAUAUGUCAGCGCUGCUCUGUCUUUUGAUAUUCAUGCUAAUUUUCCGCCCCUUUUUGGCUGGGCAAUAAUUUUAAUCUCUUUUCCUCUUUUUUUGUUAUUUUAUUUUAUUUUUUCUGAUUACUCAGAAAUAGGGAAAAAUUAUCUGUCAGCUCUGCUCAUUCUUUUGAUAUUCAUGAUAAUUUUUUUUCCCGUUUUGUCUGGGCAAUAAUUAUAAGCUAAUUUUCUCUCUUUUUAUUUUAUUUUAUUUUAUUUUUUCUGAUUACCCAGAAAGAUGAGAAAAUCAUCUGUCAGCACUGCUCAUUCUUUUGAUAUUCAUGGUAGUUUUUUUCCCCUUUUAGGCAGGGCAAUAAUUUUAAGCUAUAUUUCUCUCCUUUUUAUUUUCUGAUUACCCAGAAAAAGUAGAAAAUCAUAUGUCAGCACUGCUCAUUCUUAGAUAUUCAUGAUAAUAUUUUCCCCCUUUUUGAUAAAUUCCUGUCCUCGCACAUUUUUCCCCUUUUUGGAUAAAGUCCUCAUUUUUCUUUUUGAAUUGAGGUUCGCUAAUUCACCAAUCGUACUGCACUUCUGUUUUGCAGCAGGAAGAAUCAUCUGGAGGCUUACCAGGAAGCAACGGCCAGUUGAUCACAUUAGGCCUCGGUCUCCUGGCCACGGCGUUGGCUGCAUCAUAUGUUACACGGCUCGCCAAGGUACUGCCUAAAUGAGUACCUUUCUAUUGUCCCCCUCUCAUCUAUCUUCUUUCCUGCUUUCAUUCCCCUUCCCCACCCUCCAGCACAUCAUUUCAUACCCACCCAGCUGAUGUUUGGCCGAGAUCUCUGAGUAGACUGCUGGAUGUCGAUCUCCUUUGAAGUUUCAUGCCCCCGAAAAAAAUGAUGCCUUUUUGGGUAUACAGAGGCGAUUAGGGUUCAUGUGGAUCUGGGAGCGGGGUUUGGAGAUGAUGACGGGUUUAGGUUGUGGGCAAGAUUGUUUCUAGCCCAUCUGAGGAAAAACCUCAGGGCUGGUGAAUGGUUUGACCACCCAUUCUUCGUGGAAUCCUCGCCUAAUAUGUCGAGCCCUUUGCUGAAUUUAUCUCGAAUCUACAUGAUCAUCUCCCUGUUCCAUGCAGGAUGCCAUGAAGGACAUCGAGUAG